GCUUGGCGUUAGGUCAGUGUCAAAAACUUAAGGCGCCAAUUUGUUGUUAUGAUGAUCGGUUUUCGUAGUCCACCCAUUUUUGUGUCCCAUAGCUUCUCAUCAAUGUCCAUGGCGGAUCUUGAGGCUCAAACCUCGACUAACCCAAGCAAUUUCAGAUAGAGAGACCUCCACACUUUAACCAUCGCAAUGCUCAUUCAAGCUCACUCCCCAAACCCACAUGUCUUCUUCCUUCCCAGAAGCCCUUCAACUUCCCGCCAUUUCUCCGUCCAUGUUUCUCAUUCACGUGGACUCAAAGCGCCGAUGGGGCGACGAAAUGAACCAUUGUCUAGGAUUUCGGCUUCGGGGGAGCACAGUCCAACCACCAAUUCGGGGAAGAAAAGAAAGGUUUUCGAACACAUUUCUCUGCUCAAAGCGAGGGAAAAUAUUUCAGAAGAAGAAGAGAACGAUCUGCUUGAUUAUCUCUAUACCACCCAGUAUCAAAUGCGGGGCAUUGUUGCCGUUUCAUUAGGACGUGCCUGUGGCCAAAAUAGUGAAAGCUAUACCCAUGGUGUGUAUAUGCGUUUCCAACGAAAGGAAGACCUUGAAAAAUUCUAUGUGAACCCUUUCUACUCGCGAGUACUAAAUGAGCAUGUGAUGCCUUAUUGUCAUGGAUUGAUUCAUGUAGAUUAUGAAUCAGAGGUGGAAGAUGACAUGCUUCCCAUUUUUCGGAAAGGAGAGGAGUUCAAUUAUGGUGUGGAGUUUGUGCUUCUCAUUAAAUUUCUUCAAGAUUCAUUUGGAAAACCUUUAGAAGACGCAUUAAAUUCUCUCGAGCAACUGGCAAUUGAUAACCCUUCUUUAAUUGUCCAGUUUACACAAGGUUUAAAUUUUAAUCCCAGUUGUAAGGAGUUCACACAUGGAGUUGUUAUACGAUUUCGGUCAAUCGAAGCCUUCGAGAUGUUUACAGGCAGCUCAGAUUACAAAGAUAUGUGGAGGUCUAAGUUUCAACCAAUCAUCCAGAAAACAGUGUCUCUUCAUUUCUCUGUUGACCCAGUAGGGACUGAGAUCAUGUAGCAAGGAGUAUUCUUGGUUUGUUCCCUAUACAUCAUCCAUCUCGAGUGACCCGUAGAAGAUGGUAGGCCCAAUAUGAUUUGAGUGAACUUUUUGUGGCAGGUUUUGGUACCAGACUUGGUUUUACUCUUAACAAGCGUAAGGACAAGUAUAUUGUUUUGUAUUUUUGACGUUUCAGAUCCGAUGUCCUAUUCCUCUCUGUUUUAUCUUUCGUCAUCUCGCCAUUUGUUAAUUUUUAUGCAUUUCAAUCUGAUAGAGGUAUGUGGAUUUCUGAAACUCUCUGUCUGCUUGAAUGGUAUUACAAUUCUGCUUCCUCCCAUUGAAUAUGUCCUAAAAUUAUUCUAUGGGAUUAGGAUAUUCUGAUGAUGGAGUCAUAUUUGGUUGACUUUAUGAUAUUCUAAAGUCGUUCUAUUUUUAUGUAAACCCGAGAUAGGUUACGAACUUGGAUUUGUCACUAACCAAUACGACAACUUCGGUGAAAAUAACAAACGAUGGAAAAACCUCUUCUAUGGUGUGCAUAUGGACAAUCAAAUCUGAAGAUGAGCUUUUACUGAUGUUGAAUCCUUACCAAAGAGAUAUAUCAGGAGAAUGACUCUUUCAUGUAUUGUUUGGCCUUGUAUUGUAAACAGGAAAAACAGUAGAAUUUAAAAGUGCGACUCAUUUUGUCGACGACUUAAAUAACUAUAUAUCAUUUUGUUCACUCUUCUAAAGUCAGCAUUUAAAUGACUUGAACUCCAUCUCAUUGUUCAGGCUUGGCUACCAUUAAUCUGACAUGAAGACAGAAUCAGGAGGUACAGGUUAUUGCGACGUUCUCGACACCCACUCACUUGGAUGGUGAGGCCAUUUUAUAUGUGUUCUGGAUGUUAUUUUUCUAUUUUGUACAACUCAUAUUAUAGGUACUUGAGAUAUUGAAUCUACAAUGAGAGAAAUCUGUAUAUCGAAUCUUAUGCAAUUCGAUGUUUGCGUUUAUGCUUA